AUGAGUGAAUCAUCUACAACUACAACCACAACAAAUAGUGUUUCUAACACUAACAGCAAUAACAACAAUAAAAGAGCAAAUUCAGCAAAUACUACAGAGAAGAAAAAGAAACCAAUUAAACCAUAUCACAGAAUUAAAGCACAUGCCAAUCCACAAUCAGACAGCAAUUUCGAUUAUCCAGUAUCACCAUCAUGUUACGAUUGGUCUAAACAUUAUAAUAAAACACUCUCUGAGCAACCAGAGAAACGUGUCACCAUUGCAGAUGUAGGAUGUGGAUACGGUGGUUUGUUGGUUGGUCUUGCCAGUACAUUCCCAGAUAGACUGGCAUUGGGAUUGGAGAUUCGUGAUAAAGUGGUACAGUACGUCGAGGAUCGUAUCGAAAAGCUCAGAAAAGACAACGAAGAGAAGAAUCAAUAUCAGAACAUUUCAGUGUUGAAAACGAACGCUAUGAAAUAUCUACCGAAUCUCUUCUACAAGGGUCAGUUGGAGAAGAUCUUCUUCCUGUUCCCCGAUCCACACUUUAAGAAGGCCAAUCACAAGCGUCGUAUUAUCAGUCCAGCACUCCUGGCAGAGUAUGCCUACGUUAUAAAGGUUGGUGGUCUCGCAUACUUUAUCAGUGACGUCGAAGAGUUGUACCUCUGGAUGCACGAACACUUCAAGGGUCACCCAUUGUUUGAGGAAGUCAAAUUGGAGCCAACCGACGACCCAUGCAUUCCACUCAUCUUGAACGCCACCGAAGAAGGUAGAAAAGUAAAUCGUAUCGAUGGUAAGAAAUGGUAUGGUGUAUUCCGUAGAAUUGAAGCACCAACAUCAAACAAUACCUCUCAAUAG